GACUGACCUGACGGAGAUCGGAUUGAGGAUUAUGCAGGAUAAGGUGACAGAAAGGCCACCUUGGACUGGAAAGCCUUUUAUAACGAGGGUGGCAUGAGGAGAGGUAGACAUGUUUCAGAAAGUUUACGGGAUUAUUUUAGUAGAUUUGGGGAAAUCACAGAGGCUAUGGUAAUGAAAGACCCGACGACGCGAAGGUCAAGGGGAUUUGGAUUCAUAACAUUCGGUGAUGCCGCUAGUGUAGAUAAAGUUUUAGCUCAAAGUACUCACGAAUUAGAUGGUAAAAAGGUCGACCCCAAAGUAGCAUUUCCUAGGCGAGCACAUCCAAAGAUGGUGACGAGAACAAAAAAAAUAUUUGUUGGAGGCUUGUCGGCCCCAACAACGCUCGAUGACGUCAAAAGUUACUUCGAACAAUUUGGACCGAUCGAGGAUGCUAUGUUAAUGUUUGACAAACAAACAAAUCGACACAGAGGUUUUGGCUUCGUGACGUUUCAAAGUGAAGAUGUCGUAGAUAAAGUUUGUGAAAUUCACUUCCAUGAAAUAAAUAAUAAAAUGGUGGAAUGUAAAAAAGCGCAACCCAAAGAAGUUAUGCUUCCGGCAAAUUUAGCGAAAACUCGGGCAGCAGGACGAACAGCAUACGAUAAUAUUAUGUGGGGGCUGGGAACACUUCCAGAUGGUUUCCCAGCAGCAGCAUAUGCUGCAUACGCAGCCGGUCGCGGUUAUUCGGGAUAUCCUAGUUUUGGAUUACCCUACCCUACAGUGGACUUAACAAAUGGACAACUUACGCCCAACAACAACACACCACUUUUGACACAAGCGUUAUCAGUUAUGAACAACUAUCAAGCGGCAGCGGCAGCAGCUCAAGGAUUCGGACCGCCAGCAUCUCCGCAUACAACAACAACACGGCCAGGAUUCCCAUCAACAAAUUCACCUGGACCAACAAUUGACAUGUACAAUUCAAGCGGAGCAGACAGUGUCGGCUAUGUACAAGCAGCGAGCCCCCAACCAUCGGGAUUUCCAGCGAUUGCCGUCAGUCGGGCCCCAUUGAACUAUAGUCCGGGGCCACUGAUUCCUGCAGCGUUUACUAACGGAUAUCACUAAAUAAAAUCAAUUUUCUUGUUUUCAUUAUAAUUCACGACCUCACCACGAUCAACAGUAGCUCUGCCAAAGAAUGCAUGCGGUCGAGUAAAUAAUUGGUGUACUAUAACUUAUAAAAUUCUUUAUAAAGAAACAUAUAAAUCUAAUAAUAAAUCAAAUGAAAAUAAAAUAAAUAUUGCAAUUUACAAAGCAACUCAUCUAAAUAAAAGAUAAAAAAAAUGAUAAAUAAAUAAAAGUAAUAAUUAACACAAAUCGAGAUUUGCAAAAAAAAAAGGAAAAAAUAAUGAUUUUUAACAGAAUCAAGGUGAGAACCUCAAAAAAUGGAUGGAAAUAGUGAAAUGAACACGGCUUAAAUUAUUUGUUCAUCUCGUAUUCAGUACACAAAGCUUUUUUGUGGUGAAAACUAUUGUAUUCAAUGUGAAUGUAAAGUAAAGUCUAAAAUGUUUGGAUUUCCAAAGUAACGAGCGAUCCGGUAACGAAAUAAAGACAAACGAUUGAAAUUUGUGUUUUUGGUGGUUUAUCACCUUUUUUUUUUUGAAUGUCAAUCCAGGGGGAUUCAUUGGAAAAAAAAUAUAAUUUUUUUGAUAUAUUACAAUUAAAAUCGAAAUUUAGUUACGAAACAGAAAUAUCUUUAAUCUUUAAUGAGCUUCUAAUUCCUGCGAGUUUUGCUUUGUUUUUGAGAAUUUUAUAAUUUUCUUUGUUUGGUUUUUAUUUUCCGCCGAAAUUUUAAAUAAUUAAAAAAGAAAAAACUGAAAAUUAUGCAAGGUGACACAAAUGAGAAAACCAAAAUGUUUUAUUAGAUAGAAAAAUACUUAAAUGAAUAAAUAUUUUAAAAAAAUGUAAAACAAAAAAUUAUUGUAAAAUUCUUUGUGUAAGAAGAAUGUGUAAGAGACAUGAGCAAUUAUAUAUAAAUAUAUAUAUAUACAUUAAUAGUUAUAUGAACAAGUAAAAGAAUUAUAUAUAUAUUGAUGUUUUCUACUUUUACUACUAUAUAUUAUUCUAUAUUCUAUAUUGAUUUGACUAUUGAAAGGCUUAAUCUUUAUUUUCCAAUCUUUUGUUUAUAUAGUCUAACGCAAUUCUAAAGUAAAUAAGAACUUAUUGUAUUGUUUGUAAUACACACAAUGAAGCAACAAAUGAAAAGAAGAUAACAAUACACCCCUCUAAAAGUAUUCAGUAUAUAUGUUUAAAUAAUCUCAGAAAUGACAACAAUAAGACACCCCAACACAAAAGUAAAUAAAAAUUGAACGGAUAAAAGUAAUAUUAAUGUAAUUAUAAAUAUUAUUAUGAAUGUAUUUAUCAUUAUAACGAACUAACAAGAACGAUGAAAGACACAUUUCUUUAUGAUAAUAAAAAAUAAAUAAAUAUUGAAAUACGGCUUUGUAAAUUUAUAAAUAACAAAAUCUGAAGUAUAUAUUCGUACAGUAAAAUGGAACUAUGUGAACAAAGUUCACCCCUAAAAAUUGUACCGUACGUAUUCUUCUCUGUAAAUUUCCUAGUAGUUUCAAUAUGGAAAAUUUUAUCUUGAAACUAUUCUCGAAAGAAAAAAAAAAGAAAAGUCGAAAUAUAGCCGCCAUGUUUUGUUAUUUAUUUAUUAUAUUCCCGAUUGUUUUACAUGUUUCUUUAUGUAUAAUGUGCAAAUAUUACUAUAUACCAAAUGAAAAUUCUCACCAAAUAUUAGAACAAUGGAUAAAUUGCAAAAAUCAUGAAAUAAUUUUAUUUAUAUCGUGAAAAUAAAUAAAUGAAUUGUACAUUAACAAAGUUCAAGAACUCAAUUGCUGGCACUAAAGAGCAAAAAUAGCAUUAAAUUUCAAUUUGACGAAAUUUAGUGUUAAUCAAGCUGUUGUAUAUAAACAAAAGGAAAGUAUUCUAACCCACAUUCGCACUCAAAUAGAAAUAAAAUCGUAAAGUGGAACAGCUAUUAGACGGUAUAUCGAGCGGAUCUCGAAGAAUUCGGUAUAUCUUCGUAAAAUUUUCGUAAUUAGUUUUAUUCUGGAUAUUUCCACCUCUAAUAUGAUUUCUUGAUUUAAUUAAAUCCGGACUUUUAAUGCUUAGAAAACGACUCGUAGUUUGCUUGUUUGAUACCAUUAACUGAAUAAAGCGCUGACGUAUUUACAUAGAUAGUGAAUUAUGAAAGGGAAGUGAUAUUAAGUAAAUUUGAUAUUACCAAAUACCAUAUUAGCAUGAAUUAGUCGAUCAUUGUGGAAGGUAUCAAACAAAUUUUCAAAAAAUGAAACCUUAGUAUAAUGCCUAUUUUGAGUCAUUCCACUACCUUCAUCCUAUCUUUUACGUCUUUCCGUUCUUCCUUCUGUUUAUUCCAGUUAAAGUCUAUUACGAAUACUCUAAUUCAAUAAAUACUUUUCAAGAAAAACUCAUGAGAAAUCAUUGCAAUCAUAAAUAAUGAAAGAAAAUCCAUUAAAUUUUUAAUUAAAUAUGAAUUUAACUAAAUUGUUUAAGAUUUAAAAAUUCAAUUUAAAGUGCAAAAUGGGCCGUAAAUUGGAAAUAAUUGAAUAAUUUGACUCUUUUUUUUUUUUUGUUAAUUUAGCCGUACAAUUGUUACAAUUUCGAUAGCAAAUUAAACGAACGAACACUUAAGAAUCGGCGUGAAAAACAAAAAAAUUAUAAAUUGUAUACAUUUACUAUUAAAAGUAUUUUACAUUAUCUUAAAAUAAUGGAAAUCAAAAAGCAAUAAUUGAAGCUGUAAAAUGCAUAAAAAUGAAACAAAUAUUAGUUAUAUAAACAUAUAUUAAUGAUAAAAUGAAAAUUGAAUGAAAAAUUGUGUUUUUUCUUUUUCUUUAUUGACAAAUUUAAAAAUAAAAACAAAAAUAAAAUUCAAUGAAAAAAUACAAAGCACAAUAAGUUUCUUUUGCGAUCGCUUUAUAUAGGUUUUGUUCUACAUGAAUGCUAUGAAAACGGGUAGGUUACAUAAAAAUGAGUAGCUAUUUGAAGCUGAAACAAUUCAAACUAUAUUUGGAAAGGGACAAUUCUUCCAUUGAAGCUGUGGCUCAUGUGGAAUGCCAUUAGGGGAUUGAAAACUGAAUAUUUUUCCGCUUUCGAAUUUUAUUUCCUCUUUUUGAGAGGCUACUCCCGUGCUCAUUCACGCGCUUCAAUACGAACCAUUUUUAUUUUUAUUAUUUAAUAGAACAAUAAUAUUUAUUUAAAUAUAAAUAAAUAUAAAAUAAUAUUUGUCAAUUCAAGCCCUGAUUUAUUACAAAAAUAAAAGUUUCACCACAAACAGUUUGGUAAUUGACUUCAAUUGUCAUCCAACUGUAAUGAUUUCCACUAUGCCUGCCCCUCCCCUCUUCCCGAAUCCAUUGGGGAAAUUGAUUGGUUAGUUACUAAAAAAAUAUUUCUGCCAAUUUAACUUUCUUUUGGAAGUUAUCAAAGUUCGUCGUUCUGAGUAACGUCACCCAUUGAAGAUCACGACAUACUUUCAUCUUUCAAAUAGUAUUUCUUUGAUAUUUGAUGAUUUUUAAGGAGGAGCCUCGGGCAGUUUAAAAGUCCACGAUGAAUUAUACUUCCUCAUCUUAAUCAGGGAGGAGUGGGUACAGCGAUGUACAGCAUAUGGACCAUUCAACAAUUAUCUAAAACGCUGAUCUUUCUCAAUAUCAUUUUCAUCAACGGUGCAACAACCGGUAUUUGGUCUAGGCCUGCCUUAAUAAGGAACUCCAGACAUCCCGCUUUUGAAAAGAAGUCCACCAAUACAAUACCCUUAAAAACUGUCUGGCGUCCUGACCUACGCUAUCACUCCCUCUCAGGCAGGGUCUCCAAAUUUUCAUUUUUUACCAUAGAUAUUGUCGUUAUUGACUUUCCAGGCAGAAUCAUCUUCACCCAUAUGGAUUAGGUGGCCCGCCCACCGCAACCUGUUGUGCCGAAUCGAUCCACAACCAGGCGGUCGUGGAAUCGUUGAAAUCGAUCGUUAUAGAGAAAAGCCGCAGUUUCAACAUACAUAAAUAAAAUAUUUCAAGUGCAAAACGUGGUGAAAACUGAUUUCUAUUUAGUACUCUUAUUUUAUGACCCCAAGUACGGCAUUAGAUUUGCUACAUCUUUCUUAAAACUGGCGUAAUUAAUUCUCGUUUACUGACAUGAUUGCAACAGUCCAAUUUUCAGUUUCAGCUUUUCAAAGAAACUCUUCUUUUUCUUCAGCCUUUGUCCGGUUCACAAGCCGGGUCGACUCGUCAUGAUCGGUUUCGUCAUUUUAUUUUAUCAAAUGCCUGAUCUGGAUGCAAUCGCGAGGCUUUUAAAUCCCCAUUCAGCGUAUGAAGUCACCAUUCUUUCAGCCAACCUUUUGGUCGUCUACCGUCGAUUUUGACAAGUGAAUUCUCAUUAGCGCAAAUUGCCUGACCAUACCUUUGCAAACGCGGCUCUCACAAUUUUUCCACGUUCCGUGCUACCCUAUAUCGAUCGCGAAUAUCCUCAUUUCGGAUGUGAUCAAAACCUGUCGCGCCACUAGUCCAACGUAAUAUCUUCGUCUCUAUCACAGCUAAACGUCGUUCAUUGUCUUUUAUAGUCGACCAACACUCAAAACCAUAGAGAGCGACAGGCCGGACGGCAUCGCGAUAACUUUUAGAGUUGAGACAUUCGUUGAUAAGUCGAUCGCAAACAACACAAAUGUAAGUAAAAAGUACAUAUCGUCAGCUAGCAUUCGAUAAUAGAAAUUAACAACUCCACUUCAACUUGCGCGCGCGAAGUCCUAGUAAAUCGACUGAUACCAAUAUAGCGAGGAUUAUCAUUGAAAAAAACUAAUACAAAACUAAUUAAUGUUGGGAUAUGUUCCACGGGUAAGGCUAAAUAAAAAAAGAUGGUUCUUACUUUUUUAGUAGAAAUUUAAUUUAUUCAAACAAAUUCCGUAUUUCGAGAGACUAUUGUUGCUUUCCCCAUUAACAUCUCGCUGCUUCUGGAACCAGUUUUUCUCUUCUUCAAUAAAAAAUCAACUGAUUCCCGAUAUUGGGUUUUGUUAGUGUACGCUAUAGCCAAAAAUGAAGAGCUGUCCUUUUCCGCAUGAAAUAUUGACCACGAAAUCAUUCCAAGAAUGUUAGCUCCGCUGAUAGCUCGCUGUGAAGUCCUUCCCUGAAAAAGGCACAUGGAAAGAAGGGAAAUUUAAUCAGAGCAGUACUAUGCUUCGGGAACCAGUUUUCCUCUUUUUCAAUGAAAAAGCAACUGGUUCUCGAAAAACGGUUUUUGUUAGUGUGCAUUAAGCUAUAGCUGAAAAUGAAGAGUUGUCUUUUCUGGCGUGAAAUAUUCGCCACGAAUUCAUUCCAAGAAUGCUAACUUUGAUGGCAGUACCUUCUUUUGGCGAAAAGGCUUCCAGCUAUUUAGCUCUAACCGAAUGGAGGCAGGAAGCCUUGGUGUCAAAAAAAGGUACUGCCAUCAACGUGAGCAUUCUUGGAAUGAAUUCGUGGCCAGUAUUUAAUAAUAAUAAAUAAAAAUAAGACCACAAAAAUGUCUCUCUUUGAAAUGUCUUGAAUAGAGUAGCGUAAGAAUCAGAUGAGGCAAAAAUUAGGUCCUCCUUGUUGAUCAGCAAACCUUCUAUGAACGGGUAAAUCUGAAAUUUACCGAAGGAUCACAAAAGGUCAUCAAUCAUAGAGAAUUUUCCGUGGUAACCGAUUUCUAAACCUCUUUCCUGCAGUAUGAGGUUGGGACUAUAAAUUGAACCUUCCAAGGAAAUUAAAACGUAACACCGUCUCCGUCGCUAGUAGUGAUUUUAUUAUGCAAAUAUCGAUAUUUCGGGAACAACUUGUUCUCUUCUUCAGUGCACGAGUGUGAGUAUACACCCGUGCACUGAAGAAGGGAACAAGUUGUUCCCGGAAUAUCGAUAUUUGCAUAAUAAAAUCACUAAAAGCAUAGAUGGUGUUACGUUUUAAUUUCAUUAAACCUGCUCGCUAGAAACACCGCACAUCAUACAUUGAUUACUGGACCUUCUACGUUUUUUAGGCCUUUGUCCCGUCCAGAAGCAGGAUCGACUCGUCGUGAUCGGGUGGGCCAAUUUGCUCCCUGAUCUGGAUUAUGUAGUAAAAUCCAAUAAUUAACUGUAUUCACAUUCAUAUUGCUGAGAUCAAAAAGUAAAGCGUUGAGGGAAACUCUUUCGAACAACGUAACCCGGAAAACAUACUCACUAAAUACGGAGGACCAAAAAACAAGAAGAAAAUCAGUCUUAUAUGCCCCAAAGGAAGACGCUUUCAAAAAAACUCGUUUGGUUGAAGAAAUCAAAGGACUUCUUCAGUCUUUGCCCGGUUGGGUACUGGGAUGGGCCCAUCGGGAUUGGAUGCGCCACUUUUUUCGGUCAGAAGCUUCAUCCGAAUGAAGUUGACAAGGAAAUUAACACAUAACACCGUCUUCGUGGCUAGUAGUGGUUAACUUAUUUAGCAAAUAUCGAUAUUUUGGGAACAACUUGUUCCCUCCUUCAGUAUACUGGUGUAGUUGACAAGCUCUCAAAUCACCGACUAACCAAGUCAUCGUGGUUUCGAUCGCUUUUUGCCUUUUAGUGUAAAGACCAAGAGCCUACAGACCAUGAUUCUUUUCACUUCAACAUUUCGCCAUUAUAAAGCGAGGUAUCCUCAUAUUUCGGUGGAUUUUAGAUGAUUCCUACGAUUCUUCCAAUGUUAAUUUCUUUUUUAUAAAACGUUUGCCCUUUAAUUCAUGCUAGCAAUCAAUGCUCACAGCUCCAAUACGCCCGAUGAGAAUCAGAAUGCAAAAUCUAGUGAUUCAGGUUCAUUUGUCUUGUUCAGAAGCGGAGUUGGCUCGUCUUGAUCGGUAGCGCCAUUUUGUUCGGUGAAAGGCCUGAUAUGGAAGCAGUUGCGAGGCUUUCAAAUCACCAUCCAACAUAUCAAGUCACCGUUCUCUUGAGUAGCUUUUGCGUCGCUUAACAUCGACUUCGAGGUUAAAAAUAAUCUUGGCAAGUAAAUUCUCUUUACCGCGAAUUACAUACCCAUACCAUCGAAGAUGCUUCUUUUGCAGUUUCCCCACGAUCGCUCCAACCCAAUAUUGACCACAGUCACGGGUCUUUCAAAUCACCAUCCGAUGUAUCAAGCCACCGCUGCUUUGAUCAAUAUUUUCGACGCUUAAAAUCGACUUCCAUGUUCAGACCAAUCUUGGCAAGUAAAUCCUUGUUACGGCGAAUUACACAUCCAUUCCAUCAAAGAUGCUUUUUUUAGAGUUUUUCCACGAUCGAUACAACUCUAUAUAUAUGGCGGAUAUCCUCUUUUCGGGUGUGAUCAAAACAUGUCCUGCCACUAGUCCGACGCAACAUCUUCCUCCCCAUUACCACGAGGCAUCGUUCAUUGUUAUUUUAUUCUUGACUAACACCCAGAACCAUAGAGGGCCACAGGGCGGACCAAAUUGCAGUAUUUCGGAAUUGAGACAUCCGUUAAUACUACGUUGCGACUUUGCGUUGCGUUCAAUGCAAUAUCUUUAUAUCCAUUACCGCAAGGCGUUGCUCAUUAAUUUUUCUUCUCGGCUAACACUCAGAACCAUAGAGGACGGCAGAACGGUAUUUCGAAUUUGAGGCGUCCGUUAAUACUUCAAUCACAAAGAUCGCCCGUUGUGGGCGACCACUUUAUCGCAUGGUUUAUUGUUUUUUAUUCUCGGCUAACACUCAGAACCAUAGAGGGUGAGAGGGCGGACCAAACUGCGGUAUUUCGAAUUUGAAACGUCCGCUUUUAUACGGUUGUGAAAGGCCACUUCAUCUAGGUUGCGCUUAUGCCUGAAGUGAUUUCGCAACGCAUUUUACCAUUGGCUGAUAGCAUCGAUCCUAGAUAUUUAAAUCGUUCAAUUGUGGGUAGGUCCAGUUACUGACAGUGAUAGUGACUGCGUCGUGGGGUCGAUAGUUGAAAAUAGAAUUAUGAGUAAUACCAUGUACCCUGAAAAGGGGUUGACAGUAUGGGUUUGACGAGAUAAAUGGAAGGUUAAGAGACCAAGAAAUUGUAAAGGCGUUUCCAGAACUUUUCACCCCAUUUCUCAGUAGUUUCAUGACGAACUGGCAUUCAUGUUGUAACUUACAUUGGUUGACUUGCCCUGUUUGAUAAUAGAGAAAAGAGAAUGUGAUAACGCAUUGAAUUCAAUGCCAAGAAUGAUUUUCAAUUUGAUUAUUUAAUGUUUAGAUAGCCAAAACCAAUUAUAAACUUAAAAAUAUAAACCAACAUCUAGCACUGAAUAACUAUUUUAAAUUAUUUUCUUCUGAAAAAAUGGAAAGUAGCACAUUUAUUUUUAUACCGAACGGCAAGAUUAUUCCUCAAUAAUUGCAUAGUAUAUAAAGCGAUUAAGAAAAACAUCCAAAACCAAAAAGUUAGAAAAAAAAACAGCGUAUGCCCCUAUGAAGAGUCAAUUUUUUCACAAACAAAAAACACACACACAUAAAGUAACAUUUUGCACCUUAUCAUUCUUAAGAAAUAAUAAAAGCAAGAAAAAAUCUUUAAAAAAUAGAUAAAUCGUCACUAGAUAUUUAAACAAAACCAAGAAAAAUGAUUAAUGCUUUGUACUUUUGAUGAAAAGAAAAACUUAAUAAUUUUUCAACAUAUCAAAAUAGAGAUAUUUUCAUUUUUUUUUUUUCAUUUAUUCAUUUUUUAUGAAAUUGUAAAAAGAUAUUUACCACGUACUAUGAAUAUCAUGAAAAUUUGAACAAAUUAUUGAAAAUAUACUGACGUGUAUUCCAGAAAAAAAUUAUAUGUCUGUGUAUAAAUCGAAAAGAUCAUGAAAAUAUUAUACAUGGAUAUGUAUUUAUUAGUUAGAUUAAUAAUUCAAUUAGUAAUAAGAAUAUUUACACUAAAAAUAUUUUCAUAAAUUUUUCACGUUUAUCUUUGAUUACUUUUCUCUUCAAAACAGAAUAUUGCAAAAUUUUUUGUGAUAUUUUCGUAUCUGUUAAUUUUCACGUUUUGUCUAUAUAAAAAGAUAAAAGAUUUUCGCUUCUUGUAAUAUUCCAUAAGUAUUUAAGCAAAUAUCAAAGAAAGGAAAAAAACAAAACUAGAAAUACUCAUAAACGUUUACUGAGUAAAAAAAAUCGUUGAAAAUUUCUGUCAAAAUGAAACUUAAGACAUUUUAAAGAAACGCGAACAUGCAACCAAACUAAAUAUAAAAACAAAAAUAUAUUUAAUAAUCUCUAUCUAAAACAUUGGUAAAUGUAACAGAAGGCAAAACAACACAAUUGUAUUUUCGACCGUGAAAUUGUUCUGGGAUUUUGAAUUUGUCCCCACCGAGGUCCGGUGGAAAACCACCCCCGACUUCUGGAUUCCAAUUCAAAGCCUGGGAACGUUUCAACACUUAUUGACAAUAUGAUAUUUAACUUAUAAUAUAUAAAUAAAUGUGUAAAAAGAAUGAGAAGGUGAAGAAAAGAAGGCAAUGAUAAGCAACUUCUUUAUCAAUUUAUAUAGAAAUGUAUUUGUGACAACUUUAUUCUGUGGUUUUACGAAGCUAUGUAAUAUAAAAUAUGAAGGAAAAUAGAUAAAAAAAUGUCUUUGUAUCAUGGGCCUUACUAUUAUACCAAAACAACUAAUGUUACAUGUAAAAAGAAGUAUUUUUUUUUUCUCUGUUCAGUUGAUCGCUUUUCACCCUUAUUUUCCACCAAAAAUUUUUUCAUCUGCAAAACAAGCAAAGCGUCCUGAAUGGUUAUGAUUUUCACUGAAUUUCAAAAUCUACCUCGUAUACGUUUUAUUAUGCAUUAUUAGCACUUUAUUGAAAUUUAUGGAACUGUAUCCAUGAUUUUCGCAAGUUUUGUUCUCAGCAGGACUUGCGCAUCCAUUCAACACCACAUUAAUGCACAUUUCGUUUCCCAGAGUUUUACACAACUAGAAACUACGAUAUUAUGAUAUUAUGAAAAGUAAAUGAAAAACAAUUAUUAAUUUAAAAUUAUAUAUAGUAAUAAAAACAUGAAUGAAAAGCAAUAACCACAAAGAUUUUUACUUAUAUAUAAAAUAUAAAUAAAUGUAACUUUAGGCAAAUAAAUGAAGAAUCAUACACUUAACGAAAAUUUCGUAAUUUAUUAUAUGAAUACGUGGAAGCUUUUUAUUGAUUAUUAUUACUAAUUAUAAAUACAAGAAAUAGAGGAGUAAAACCAUAAAUAAAUAUUGAAAAAAAUCAUAUGUGAACAAGACAUGUAUUUGUGUAAAAUAAUCUUUUGUACAUUACAACUUAUGAAGAUGCAGUGUCGCAAACGCUUUUUUUUCUACACUGAGUUUACAUGAAGGCUCGAGGUUCAGAUACAUCAUUGAAACUAUCAUGCUUUAUCUGUUUCCAUUCAAGUUAUCUUAUUUGGAAGUUCGUUACACUGCUCCCUUCAUCUGAAAAGCAUUAAAUUUAUAUAUAAAUGUGUGUGAUGGAUGUGUAUACAUUUUUAAGCAAAAGUAAAACAAUUGAAAACGUGAAACAAAAAAUAUGAAGCAAAAAUUAGUAAAAUCAGAAAAGAGCAAAUCAUCCCUUUUAACAUGUGUACAUACUAAAGAGAGAAAGCAGAACAGAUUUUUGACAAAAAUCACUGAAAUAAAAAAAAAUAAACAAAAACCAUGUGUUAAGGCUAAAUAAAGAAGAAAUAUUAAAGUAAUGUUUAUAUGUAUUUACGUUUGUUUCCCCAUAUACCCAGUGUAAGCUUUAAAGUGUAUUCCACAUUUGGAACAAGUCAUAUAUACAACUUACUCCAUAGCUCUCCAAAAACCCAUGCAAAAUUACCAUGUUUUACAUACUCACUACCAAAUUCCAAAUUGACGCUGCUUUUGGGCGUAAGUCUAGCAAAUGGAACAAAACCAACAACAACAAAAAAUAUAUUUUUAAACCAGUGAAAAGCUCUAGCAUCACUCUUUGAAGCAAGAAAAGCAAUUUUCUUCAUGCAAACCGCACGGGGAGAAAGAAAGAAAAACUUUUUGAAAUGACAAAGUCGAAUAAAUAAUAAUAAAAAAAAAAAAUUUGCAAGAAAUGAAUUAAUUACGCUGAGGCAAUGAAAAUGAACAUAAAUAUAAACAAUUUACUUCUACUAGGUUAAGAAAUAAUAAAACUGGAUUAAAAUGGUCAAGAGAACAGAGCAGAGUUAUUUAAUAAAGGUUUAUUUCAACAACAGAACAAGAAGAAAAUGUUUAAAGUUUAAAAACCAAAAAAUGUGUAAGAAAUGCAAACGUAAAAUUUAAAAAAAAGAAAACAAAAAACAAAAAAAUGAAAAUGAAAUAAAUGCAACAUAAAAAAAGGUUCACAACGUGCCGUGUAUGUGAGAAUUAUAAUAAAAUAAAAAAAAUCUAUAUUAUAUGAUAUGGACAUUGUUCAAAAAUAAA